CAGAGCUCCAGAGAGCUCUCUCACUCUCUCUCACUCUCUCUCUCUCUCUCUCCAUCUGCUUGGAAUAGGCUGUUUACUACAUUCUGUGUGUGUGUGUGUGUGUGUGUGUGUGUGUGUGAGAGAGAGAGAGAGAGAGAGAGAGAGAGAGAGAGAGAGCACUGAGAGAGGAAUAAUUUUGCAUGAGUUUUAUUAUGAUGAAAGCAGUUAUUAAAGUAGCUUUUAGCCAUCUCAGUGAGACAAGCUCACAAGCCUCCCAGAACCUAAUAAAAGUAGGCAAAUUUUUUUUAUCUGGGUGUGGUUAGAACUAAUUUUAUUGCUUGUACCAAUUAACGAAUUUAUAAAUCUUUUAAAAAUCAAACCAGCCAUAUAUGAGCCUAAUUACAAUCCUUUAUGCUACAACUUUAUAAUAGAAUGGUUUUUCUCCAUUUAAUUUCAAAUUAAUUUAGACAUGACACUUUUUCCAUUCUAUAUUUUGAUGCAUAACUAUAGCUAGCAUUAGACUGGUAUGUUUUGUCACAAGCGGUUAAGAAAAAUUUAUGAAGUAAAUUCUGUUAAAAAUAGGGGGGAAACAAACCUCUGGCACAUGGUCAAAGCACGCACGCUCCCUGGAAGUGUUUCAACUGCGUAAGUCAGUGCUAUCUUGGGUGGGACUGCUUUAAUACAAACAUAUAAAAAGAGAGCUAGUGGACAAACGAGUUAAGAUUGACAGGACACAUCGACCAAACAUGAGUCUCUCCGAAAAUGACAAGCAAAUGGUGAAGACCCUGUGGGCAAAGAUCUCCCCCGCUGCUGAUCAGCUCGGGUGUGAGGCCCUCUCCAGGUUAGCCACUUUCUACACUUUCAUCUUCCACCUUCAUCUUCAUCAACACCUGCUCACUGAUGUGUUGUUUCUUGGUCUUGCAAAUGAACUCCCCCCUUUUCACUGUUAUUGCAGAAUGUUCCUGGUAUUUCCCCAGACCAAGACCUACUUUGCGCAUUGGCCAGACCUGAGCCUGGGCUCCGAUUCAGUGAAGAAGCAUGGGAAGAAGGUCAUGAAUAGUGUUGGAGAGGCCGUCAAUAAUAUCGAUGACCUUUUUGGUGGUCUGAGCAGCCUCAGUGAGCUUCACGCAUUUCAGCUUAGAAUAGAUCCCACUAACUUCAAGAUCCUGUCCCACAACAUCCUAGUGGUGAUCGCCAAUCGCUUCCCGGAUGAUUUCAGUGUUGAGGCGCACCUGUCUCUGGAGAAGUUCUUCGCCAGGGUGGCGCUCGCCAUGUCUGAUAAAUAUCGUUAAAAUAUGAGCAGCAUUUACCCAAUUUACAUGCAUUAUGCUGUGGAGUGAGAGCUCAUUGUGGUGAAUAAUAAAGCUAA